CUGAGCGAGCGGCACCGAAGGCGCGCUCCUUGGGGCCAUGAGCGCGCCCCGGGGCCGACCGGUCCGCUCGGGAGCGCGCGCCACGGCUCCGCCCUGUGUUACAGCCAGCGGGCUUCGGCGGCGUGAGCUGCCGGCGCAGGUCGGUCUGGUAAGGCAAAGCGGAGCGGAGAUCCUCAAACGGCCUAGUGCUUCGCGCCUCUGGAGAAAAUCAGCGGUCUGAUUAAUUCCUCUGGUUUUGUUGGAGAGGAUUACCAAGAAUCUUCGCCCCAGUCCCACAAAAGCUACAAAAACUUGUUUGAAAUGUGGUGGUUUCAGCAAGGCCUCAGUUUCCUUCCUUCAGCCCUUGUAAUUUGGACGUCUGCUGCUUUCAUCUUUUCAUACAUUACUGCAAUAACACUCCACCAUAUAGACCCGGCUUUACCUUAUAUCAGUGACACUGGUACAGUAGCUCCAGAAAAAUGCUUAUUUGGGGCAAUGCUAAAUAUCGCAGCAGUUUUAUGCAUUGCUACCAUUUAUGUUCGUUACAAGCAAGUUCAUGCUCUGAGUCCUGAAGAGAACCUUAUCAUCAAAUUAAACAAGGCUGGCCUUGUACUUGGAAUACUGAGUUGCUUAGGACUUUCUGUUGUGGCAAACUUCCAGAAAACAGCCCUUUUUGCUGCACAUGUAAGUGGAGCUGUGCUCACCUUUAGUAUGGGCUCAUUAUAUAUGUUUGUUCAGACCAUCCUUUCCUACCAAAUGCAGCCUAAAAUCCAUGGCAAACAAGUCUUCUGGAUCAGACUAUUGUUGGCUAUCUGGUGUGGAGUAAGUGCGUUUAGCAUGUUGAUUUGCUCAUCAAUUUUGCACAGUGGCAGUUUUGGGACUGAUUUAGAACAGAAACUCCAUUGGAACCCUGAGGACAAAGGUUAUGUGCUUCACAUGAUCACUACGGCAGCAGAAUGGUCUAUGUCAUUUUCCUUCUUUGGUUUUUUCCUGACUUAUAUUCGUGAUUUUCAGAAAAUUUCUUUACGGGUGGAAGCCAAUUUACAUGGAUUAACCCUCUAUGACACUGCACCUUGCCCCAUUAACAAUGAGCGAACACGGCUACUUUCCAGAGAUAUUUGAUGAAAGGAUAAAAUAUUUCUGUAAUGAUUAUGAUUCUCAGGGAUUGGGGAAAGGUUCACAGAAGUUGCUUAUUCUGCUCUGAAAUUUUCAACCAGUUAAUCAAGGCUGACAGUAACAUUGAUGAAUACUGAUAAUCAGGAAACAUGAAAGAAGCCAUUUGAUAGGUUAUUUUAAAGGGCAUCAUCAAGAAGACUAUUAAAAACACUUAUGCCUAUACUUUUUUAUCCCAGAAAAUAAAGUCGAAGGACUGUGAUAUCAUAGUUUUUUAUACCGUAUUUAAGAGAAAAAAACAACCUGACGUGCACCAAGCAGUCUGCACAGCCAGCAUUUCAGGUUUUGUAAAUCAUUGCAGAUCAUGUUUUGUUAGGAGCACUUUUAUAAGAGACAUUUUCCAUGACUAAAUAAUCAGCAUUGGUCGGGAAAUCCUUUAGAACUGGGUUUUGAAAUGGGACUUCUAUCAUAUUAAAUCAUUUUGUAUAGUCUUAAAAUUUUUUUUGUUGUUCUGAAAUCUACCUGUAAAGGAAAGUAUGCCUGGAUUCAUGUGAGCUCUUUCAUGGCCUAAGUUUUGCCCAAGAAAUUUUAUAGGUAAUGAUUUUUUUUUUUCUGGCUGCAAUGCCAGAUCCUAAGCUAAUUGUUCUGUAAUACACAUGCUUGCAGUAGUUUCAUGAAAUUUAGUCUCUAGUGUGAGACUGUAAUCACCAGGGAAGGAGGGAGGUACCUAUAGGUAAAUUUACUUUAGUCACAUUUUAUAGAAAACAAAGGUUAGUAUUCAUAUAACAUUGUGAAGUAUGGGAAUAACAGCAGAUAUGAUUAAUAUCAAACCAAAGUCAUAAC